GAACGACUAGUAGAAAUAAGAGGCAAGAGGGCGCCUUGCCAAGGGCCUUCAGCCUGUCACUGUCUGCGUUUUUAGCCUUUCUGGAAUCAAGAGUGGGUGGGUACGGGCCCAAGUAAAGUCCCGGAGACUCGAACACUGACGCACAGGAAAGCCUCAAGUGGGAGGAGAAAUGCAAAUCCCCUUCUGAGAUGGCGUCAGCGGCUCGGUCCUAGGGACUGAGAGGGGCGAUUCUGACCCGGGACGCGAGCCUUGCCUGGGACCGGGCUGAGGGCGAGCCAGCAUGUCUCAGUGGAAUCAAGUCCAACAGUUAGAAAUCAAGUUUUUGGAACAAGUAGAUCAAUUCUACGAUGACAACUUUCCCAUGGAAAUUCGACAUCUGCUGGCCCAGUGGAUUGAAAAUCAAGACUGGGAGGCAGCUUCAAACAAUGAAACCAUGGCAACAAUUCUUCUUCAAAACUUGUUAAUACAACUGGAUGAACAGUUAGGUCGUGUUUCCAAAGAGAAAAACCUGCUCUUGAUACACAAUCUAAAAAGAAUCAGGAAAGUACUUCAGGGAAAGUUUCAUGGCAAUCCAAUGCAUGUAGCUGUAGUUAUCUCAAAUUGUUUAAGAGAAGAGAGGAGAAUAUUGGCCGCAGCCAACAUGCCUGUCCAGGGACCUCUGGAGAAAUCCUUACAAAGUUCUUCAGUUUCAGAAAGACAGAGAAAUGUGGAGCACAAAGUGGCUGCCAUUAAAAACAGUGUGCAGAUGACAGAACAAGAUACCAAAUACUUAGAAGACCUGCAAGAUGAAUUCGACUACAGAUAUAAAUCAAUUCAGACGAUGGAUCAGAGUGACAAGAAUAGCGCCUUAAUGAAUCAGGAAGUGUUGACACUGCAAGAAAUGCUGAACAGCCUUGAUUUUAAGAGAAAGGAAGCGCUCAGCAAGAUGACACAAAUCGUGCAUGAGACGGACCUGCUGAUGAACAGCAUGCUGGUGGAAGAGCUACGGGACUGGAAGCGGCGGCAGCAGGUUGCCUGCAUCGGGGGUCCCCUUCACAACGGGCUCGACCAACUGCAAAACUGCUUUACACUACUGGCAGAAAGUCUCUUCCAACUCAGAAGGCAGUUGGAGAAAUUAGAGGAGCAAUCUACCAAAAUGACGUACGAAGGUGACCCCAUCCCGAUGCAAAGAACUCACCUGCUGGAAAGAGCUACCUUCUUGAUCUACAACCUUUUCAAGAACUCAUUUGUGGUUGAGCGACAGCCAUGCAUGCCCACCCACCCUCAGAGGCCUUUGGUGCUUAAAACCCUCAUUCAGUUCACUGUAAAACUAAGGCUAUUAAUAAAAUUACCAGAACUAAACUAUCAGGUAAAAGUUAAAGCAUCAAUUGACAAGAAUGUUUCAACUCUAAGCAAUCGAAGAUUUGUACUUUAUGGAACUAAUGUCAAAGCCAUGUCUAUCGAAGAAUCUUCCAAUGGGAGUCUCUCAGUAGAAUUUCGACAUUUGCAACCGAAGGAAAUGAAGACCACUGUCGGAAGUAAAGGAAAUGAG